UAUUUCCGCAAAAAUUAGCUAUAAUAUUAUGCAAAUACUUUCGCUUUUGAAAUGACGUCAUCCGUGUAGGGGGAAAAAUCCGGGGUACGUCACGCAAUCUUCUCCAGCAAACCUCYCUCCCUCAGACAGCCGUUCCUGAUUUCAUCGUAGAAGGGUUCAAACUAAGUUAGGUCGUUUUAAAAUUAAAAAAUUACAAAUACCGUGACGCAAUAUGCCUGAAAAUGAAAGCAUAUUUGUCUCGUAACUGUGACUUGUGACUGUGUGACGCAUAAAACGAGCCUGCGAGGUUGAAUAACAGCGGGUUUCACCCACAUAACAUUGCGUCAUAAAAUUCAAGAUGGCGGACGAGAAGAAAGAAAAAAUGUUCUCUUGAGAUCACUGAGUUAUUUGCCGAUAUUUUUAAUCUUUAUGCUCUAAAACUGCUAUCUUUUUCAUAUUCCUAACUGUCUCAGAAACUUUUAAGUUAUUUUCAAGGCUAUUUUGUCUGUGGAUAGUUUUUAUCGUUUGAUAUUUAGAGACACGUGAAACAGCUAACCUUGAGCUAAAAAGAUCACAAAGAAACUUAAUACCUGACAAUUAUUUGUGGUUGACAUGCCUGUGUGUGAUGACUUGGAUGAUAUUGAAGACUUUGUAAAACCUGGAGAUAUCACUCCCAAUGAUCGUAUUUCUCCUCGUAAGGGUGUCUUUCCUAAAGUAAAUCGAAAGAAAACCAGUAAUGGACAAAUUGCUAAUGAGGAAAAACCAGUUGGAGAUAGCAUCAUACCGGGUACCCAGAGUAUAUAUGUGYGUACCUGGGGUUGCACCCAUAAUAACAGCGACAGUGAGUACAUGUCUGGGCAACUAGCUGCAUAUGGAUACAAAAUUACUGACGACCAAGACAUAGCAGACUUAUGGCUGCUCAACAGCUGUACUGUCAAGAACCCUGCCGAAGAUGGUUUUAAAAAUGCUAUCAAGAAAGCUAAAGAGAAGAACAAAUAUCUAGUAGUGGCGGGGUGUGUUCCUCAGGGACAGCCAAGACAAGAURCAAUCAAAGGAGUCAGUAUUGUAGGGGUUCAACAAAUUGACAGAGUUGUUGAAGUUGUAGAAGAGACUUUGAAAGGUCACACAGUAAGAAUACUAAGUCAGAAGAAAAAAGAAGGCAGAAAAGCUGGUGGGGCUGCUUUAGAUCUUCCUAAAAUACGAAAAAACCCAUUAGUUGAAAUCAUUGCUGUUAAUACUGGAUGUUUAAACCAGUGUACCUACUGCAAGACCAAACAUGCCAGAGGAGAAUUGGGAAGUUAUGCACCUGAAGAGAUUGUAGACAGAGCAAAACAAGCAUUUGAUGAGGGUGUGGUAGAAAUAUGGUUGACUUCUGAAGACACUGGGGCAUAUGGCCGAGAUAUAGGUACAUCUCUACCAGAGUUGCUAUGGAAACUAGUGGAAGUGAUACCUGAUGGUGCCCACCUUCGCAUAGGGAUGACAAACCCACCUUAUAUACUGGAACAUUUAGAGGAAAUGGCCAAACUACUCAACCAUCCAAAGGUGUAUUCGUUCCUUCACGUCCCUGUUCAAAGUGGUUCAGAUAAUGUUCUGGCUCACAUGAAAAGAGAAUAUUUUGCAAGAGACUUCUGUCAUGUGGUUGAAUUCUUGAAGGAGAGGGUCCCAGAUAUCACCAUAGCAACAGAUCUUAUUUGUGGGUUCCCAACUGAAACUCCUGAAGAUUUCCAGAAGUCAAUGGAACUGGUUGACAAGUACAGGUUUCCGAGUCUGUUUAUCAAUCAGUUUUAUCCAAGACCUGGUACACCUGCUGCAAGAAUGAAACGCCUGCCGACAGAAGAGGUUAAAAAAAGAACAAGAGAGGUGUCAAAGCUUUUUCAUUCAUAUACCACCUAUGACAGGAAAGUUGGAUGGGUUCAAGAUGUCUUAAUAACUGAAGAGUCUCAUGAUGGAAUCCAUUAUGUUGGACACAAUAAAUCAUAUGACCAGGUUCUUGUUCGUAAAGACGAAGGAGACUUAAUGGGUAAAACUAUCAAGGUUACAAUCACGACCACUGGGAAACACUUCCUUAUUGGUACAUUAUUCAAUAAAACAGACGUACGAUCUCCUGGCCUUGCUGAGCCCUUACCCAAGGGUGUAGUCAGCGGUAUUAAACAGGAUGUUAUGCUCACGAGUGGAUCGUGCACAAAGUCCGGAUCGAUGCAUAUGUGGAUCAAGAUAGGAAUAAUCGUAUUAUUGAUAGCUGUAGUGCUCGACGCUGUUAGACUGGGCUGGUUUUGGUUUCGGACUUAAUAUCUGUUGUAUCAGCCAAUCAGAUAACAGAAUCGAACAGAGCCCUUCGUUUCACUUUGCGGAGACCACGAGGACCGCGGGCUCUUGGAACGAGAAUGUCAGAUUCCUAUAAUAUUUGAACAGAGAAAUUGAAAUUACCUUGUAGAUUGUAAAGCUCUAAAUAUAUAUUCUCAAUUCAGUCGA